AAUAAAUCAAGAGCAUUCUUGCAAGAUGUGUAGACUGGCUUCAAUCACAUUAGGAAAUAACAAACUUCUGGAGCAAAAAUUGGAAUACUUUCAGUGAAUUAUCCAUACAUUUUGGGUGUCCGAGUAAAAUUUGAAGGAUAUUUUUUCAUUUUCGGCUGAAACACGUUUUCUCUAACCUCGGGUCGUGGACAAUAUCGCGGGUUUCCGUAAGCGAUUCUGUUCCCGCGUCUGUCCUCAGUGUAUUGAACGCUGGAUUAGCUUGAGAUAGCUGUAGCAUGCCUCAGCUAGUGCAUGGAAAGUUAAAUCCCGCAGCAUCGGAUUGAGUCGGUUGUUACAGUACAGUAAGCAAUGCCAAGAUGAGUUCUGCAGGAGCCAAGUGUACGGACUGUCUCAAGGGCUUCUGGUCGGGGAUCAGCAGGACCAAGAGCUUGUCUACUGAGAGCAUCCAAGCUACUGAACUCAAGAGAUGUCUAGGUGUUGUGGAGCUGACUGCUCUAGGCGUCGGGAGUACCUUAGGAGCUGGUGUCUACGUGAUCACAGGCCAGGUAGCCCGUCAGCAGGCCGGACCGGCUAUUGUCCUGUCUUUCCUCGUGGCAGCAGUAGCGUCAUUAUUAGCAGGACUUUGUUACGCCGAAUUUGCAGCACGGGUGCCGAAAGCGGGAUCCGCCUAUGUCUACAGUUACGUCAGCGUAGGCGAAAUGUGGGCAUUUGUCAUUGGCUGGAACAUGAUUCUAGAAAAUAUGAUCGGAGCAGCAUCUGUCGGGAAGGCGUGGAGUCAGUACUUCGAUACGCUGUUCAAUGACACUGUUGCGAGGUACAUCGCGGCUCACGUGCCACCGAUGCAAGCACCUGGUCUUGCUGAACAUCCCGAUUUCAUCGCCCUGGUGCUGCUGAUUGUCUCGACCAUGGUUGUUGCCAUAGGGGUUAAGAUGUCAUCAGUCGUGAGCUUCGUCUUCACCAUUCUAAACAUAUUGGUCAUCGGCUGCGUAAUCUGCAUAGGCCUGUUUCACGUAGACGGAAAGAACUGGACGAAUAAUUUCUUCCCGUACGGAUUCAAAGGGGUAAUGUCUGGUGCUGCCACCUGCUUUUACGCUUUCGUCGGCUUCGACACGAUAGCGACAUCUGGCGAGGAAGCGAAACAACCGAGUAAAAACAUUCCCCUGGCCAUCGUGGCCACGCUCAUUAUCUGUUUCUUGGCGUAUUUUGGAGUGUCAUGUGUCAUCACACUCAUGGUGCCAUAUAACGAGCUAGCUGUCUCCGCUCCACUGCCAAAGGUCUUCUCUCAGACUGGUAUCUACGGUGCAGAAUACGUCAUUGCCAUCGGCGGAAUGUGCGGCCUAGUCGCCUCCAUGAUGGGAUCCAUCUUCCCUCUGCCCCGGAUCAUCUACGCCAUGGCCAAAGAUGGCGUCAUAUUCCGCUUCCUUGCCAACGUAAAUCACAUGACAUCGACACCAUUCAUAGCAACGGUAAUUUCCGGCUUUGCGGCGGCCAUCUUGGCGAUGAUUUUGGAACUUGAGAGUUUGGUUGAAAUGAUGUCGAUUGGGACGCUGAUGGCGUACACCUUGGUUGCAGUUAGUGUUCUGAUCCUGCGAUAUCAGCCCGGGGAUGUUGGACUCUCCAAGGACACCGUUCACAAGGGAACACCGGACGGCGAGCUCGGAGAAGGCGAAUCCAAGGAGAAAGAUGCGACUGGGGAAAGCACCGGGUUGCUUCGGGUCGGGAACAAGCUCAACCUGAUCAAAUACGUGCCAAGUAAACAAACCAGCGUCUUCCGUCGUCUGCCGCAUGCUGACAGUGAAGACAGUGACGCAGGAAGUGUGGAGCAACGGAAAGAGGUGGUCGAGGAAGAAAUCCGGCAGAAAAAGGAUGACGGGUACCGCGAGGGUUACGACCAAGGAGAAGAGGCGGCUCCCCCAACUGGAAGCACCUAUCAACGAAUCGGCCCAGACCAAAGCAUGAACAGUAUGAGUAGUUUAUUCAACUUCGGCGGUGCAAAUCAAGAACCAACAGAACAUUCGAGAAAAAUUGUCAUCAUUUCAGUCAUCGUCAUCAGCCUCGUUCUCAUAUGUCUCAGCGUCUUGUGUAUUUAUGGAUCAAGGUUUCUUGAAAACGCCUCCUGGUGGGCUGUACUUCUCGUCUGCGUGUUCCUGGCGGUUGUCAUUACUUUCGUGGUGUUUAUAGUUCGUCAGCCCAAGAACAAGCAGCGAUUGAUCUUCAGAGUCCCUUUCGUACCGUUCGUGCCCAUUAUGUCGCUGGUUGUGGAUAUAUACCUGAUGUUGUCCCUGUCGACUGCAACGUGGAUACGAUUCGCUGUAUGGAUGUUUUUAGGAUUUUUAAUAUAUUUUGGAUACGGCUUACGUAACAGCUCAGAGCGCCCGCCGUCGGAGCAGGAAGUAGUCCUGUAUGACGUCAGCGAUGCAGACGGUAUAAUGAAUGAACGGAAGAAAUCUGGUUGAUUUUAGAAAAAUAUAGGAACAAUAUAUUUAAAUUAUCUGAAAUACUCAUAUCUGAAAAUGUAUGUGUUUAUUGUUUGUUACGUCUUCGGAUAUAAGCAUGUUUUGUUCACUCUACGUCAUGUGAAACUGUUUGGAGUUUGUUCAAGGUUCACUUUCCAUUGUAAAUCUUGAAAAUGUAUGGCUGCCAUAUUUCACCCCUCGUUUGGGUCACCAAAAAACUACAUCGAGCGCAUAAUAGACUUGUGUGGCUCUUGUAGGCAGAAUCCAUUACAUGAACGUGUAAUUAUUUCACAAUUCAAUGUCUUGUCCACACAAGCAAGAUACCACCAUUAUUUUAUUAUCCGACGUGAUAAAACGGGCCACCAUCAUGAUUCCACAUGUAUUCCCCAAAAUCGUGUGUGUCGUGUAAUAGUCAAAAUAAAAAGUUAGAAGUAUGAAUUAGUGUAGAAUCUGGCUGGAUGUCGUUCAAUAGCGCAAGGCAGAUCAAGGUGUAGUAUAUGUACAUGAGUUUGGCAGCUACGCACUGAGUUACGGACUCGUAUUACGUCCGGGUGAGUGUCAACCAUUUGGUGUUACUGGCUAGAUGCCGAGAACGGUCUAUUGUAUUGAAAUACGUCCGUGGCUAAUUAGAAGAGCAUCACUGUUAAAUCCAAGUCAGUACAGCAUUAUAGGCCAUGCAGGUUCUUAACGUAUUCGUUAGGGGCAGUAAGCGCCGCGUUUUUGGUAUUGGCUUCAACACAGCAACGCAGGUGCUAGCAUAAAGACACAUGUGGGGGUAAUUUGAGAUCACCCCAUUGAAAAAAGGUGCAGGGGCUACCCAAAGACAGGUCAUAAGAGGAUGACCAAUACCUACGCUUAUACCGCCCCUUUCAAAAGCGUUGGUACCUACAUGCACCGACGGCAGGUCUGGUCUGUACCUACUGGAAAAAAAUAGGUGCUAUAAAGUCUGUGACAGCUGAUUGAUGCCGUUUAACUGGUCCGUAACCACACCAUUGGACGUGUUGGCAUGUUUAAAAAAAUGUAGGCAUGCCUGUACAAGGUGUUUUAAGAAUGACAACUGCCCCAACAUCGACAUUUUGAAAGGUUCCCAGCAUCGUGGUAGAACUAGACUAGGAAUUUUGAUUAAUGGCGACACUGUGGGACUGAUGUCCUUCACCUGUUUAUGAACUUAGUUUAGUACUUAUCUAUGUUACUUUAUAAAAGUAAAUCAAUAUUUAUAUUUGUAACCAUCAGGAUUCUGUGAUAAUGAGACAAAAAUGGCUCUUUAUUUUUUACCUUCGUCAUUCAGCCCUCGGUACGCACUCGUAGCGAAUUCGGGUACGAAUCGAUGGUUGAAUAGCAGGGUUGCUUUAUUUUCGACACGUGUAUCUUAAACUUUCCAUAUGGCUUUUUCCUAACUGUCCGAUUGUUAUGCGCGAGCCACAUUCCGGAUUCUAAAGGCUUCAGCGGAAUAGGUCCUAAUCCUGACCGCGUUAACAAUAAAAAGGCGAGCAAAAAUGUUGACGCAAAAAUGAACGUUCGCAUGAUGAAAUUGAGCUUGGUAAUUUUGGCACACAGUGAUGUUAGCGCAAGGACACAAACUAUCGCUUUGUCUGUUCUGGUGUGUCUCUCGAGGCCGCCAUCCAUUCCCAGAUAUGCGGACUUACAGGUAGCAUCUUUCGAAUUCUUAGUUUUCGCUCUGCAGUGCAGUAAAUAUUUUUCCAGAUGGUGAAUUGGCGUGUGUAGUUUUCUCCCGCCUAAGUAACGGUUUCAGUGGUCGGAUUCGGGCUUUCGUUCCGACUGAUUCCAUUACAAGAGCCAAGAAUGAUAAGACUGAAGAUAUGCUACGUUCCAGCACACAUACAUGUAGGCAGGUUAGGCGCGUAUUGAGCAGGAGCCGUGCAACUGCAAUUCAGUGUUGGCUCCAAAAUUGCAAAAAGUGGUGUUUAGCACGAACUGACGGCGUUUUGGACGCAGCCGUCAUCAGUGAGUUUUUGCUAAUCCCCCGAAACGCCAACGCGAACGCCUGUCCCAUUGUUCGAGAUCACGAUCAGGCCGGAACUCGAACAAAGGGAUAGGCGUUUCCUAUUGAUAAAAUCCAAGACGCGGUCGUGCAUGCGCGCGACUCGGCAGUUUUGUUGAUAUCAUCAUUUUCAUCAGGAAAAGUAACUACUGUCCUGUCAAAAAACGCAUUCCGGUUACGAUGUCUAUGACUAUAGGUUUUGUUUGAGUGAAAUCCUACUAUUUUCCUAACUAUUGUACCCGUUGUUGACGAUGUAUUGCUUCAUGUUUACAUAAUCAAGGAGAUCUGUUGUGCGAAAAUAAAGGCAUAU